AUGAUCGUGGACUGCGCACCGCUCCGGAUCUACUCACUCGCGACGCUCGAGACGGUCGUCGAAGCGAUGAUCAAUCAGAUCCCUUCCACCCGUCGCUCUCCUAUCCGCCUCGCUCUCCCUUCCGCCCAUCGCACUCCCUUACGCCCAUCGCCCUCCCUCCCGCCGUCGCCCUCCCUUGUGCCCAUCGCCCUCCCUAGCGCUCGUCGCACUCCCUUCCACCGUCGCCCUCCCUUCCGCCCGACGCACUCCCUAGCGCUCGUCGCAUCCCCUUCCGCCCGUCGCACUCACUUCCGCCCGUCGCACUCCCUCCGCUUGUCGCACUUCCUUCCGCCCGUCACCCGCCCUUCCGCCGUCGCCCUCCCUUCUGCCCGACGCCCUCCCUUCCGCCCGUCGCCCUCGUCUCAUCGCCCUCCCUUCCUCCCAUUCCCCUCCUGGCCGCCCGCCGCCCUACCUUCCCCUCGUUGCGCUCCCUUCUGCCCGUUGCCCCCCUUUGUCUCGUCGCGCUCCCUGCUGCUCGUCGCCCUCCCUCCCGCUCGUCCCUUCGCAAUCCCCCUAUCUCUCUCCCCUCGUCGCCAUGGCAUUCCCGUCAGUGUCGCCAUCCCUCCCUUCUCCCUUCCCCAACUCCCUUCUCACUUUCCUUCGGAUAGCUCUCUCCCCGGCAUCUCCCCGGUUCCCCGCGUCCUGCUUUCCCCCAUCCUCUUCCGCAGUGACGCGUUCAUGCGGUGA